AUGACCGCAGAAAUGACCUUCGACAUGGCGCAGAACAUUUUCAGCAAGACUAAGCAGGCCUUGGAGGAGCUGGAUGAACCGCUUCUGCCCGUUUCCGGAACAUUUCACAAAGUCGACGUUGUCCAUCCUGUCCUCGUGCUACUUAAGGAGAACGAACAGGUUUGUAUGAUGUCCUCGGCCUCCAACGCUCCCGCAAGAUACGAUCCGACCGCACCUCUUGUUCUCGAUGCUGCUGUGACUGCUCACGCUGGUCGUGACAAUCGCUCCGAAACCAGCAUGUGCUCCUUCUACGAGAGCACCGCAUCGGCCGCGAACAGCGAACCGAAUCUUGCCGGAACCUUUUUUGAAGACCCGCAAGAGUUCUACGAGAGCACCGUAUCGGUCGCGGACAGCGAACCGAAUCUUGCCGGAACAUUUUUCGAAGACAUGCAAGAGCUCGUUCUUUUCCAUGGCCGUACCGUCCUGAGCACCCUGCCAUACAUGAGGGUCGGGGAUGUGACACCUCGGAUAAGACUCGUGGUCUUCACCGAGCUGUGUCGACCUGGUGCCAGACACCUCGAGCUCUACAAGAUGUACGAAAUGAAAGGAGGGGAGUUCAGAACGGCUGCGGAACAAGUCGACGGUGCUGACUACCCACAGUGGAUCUGCGAUUUGGACGAUUUGAUGUUCCGCACCAGUGAUCGAGCAUGUCGCCACGUUGCUUUCCGAUUCCAUGGACCUCACAUGGAAGCCACUACGAUGGCCGUCAACCAACUUUCAGAAGCUGACCGGACAUGUCUCUACUGUACGGAGAGCUACCUCGAUGUAGGCCACGAGCCCACCAUCCCACCCUGCGGCGUUGCGUCCCACGUUUUCUGCCGCAGCUGUAUGAUCCGACAGUGCGAAUUCAACGAUCCGAAGACCGUAUCCUGCCCGCAAUGCAGACGGUUAUUCUUCACAGCUCCCAGAGAACUCGACUACCUCGUCUUUGGCAUGAUCAACGGCGAGUACUGGAACGAUUCAAGUUCCAAUAUCGGAGAAAACGAUGGACAGCACUUCAUGCCAAACAAUACCUCCGCCCUCUUCAACAUGUGGCUGACUCUCAUCAGCGACGAUCUCGCCGACGGCACCGAACACGAUCACAAACGUCUCGACUUCACCCCUGAGUUCCGCAAACUCCUCCUUGCGGUCGAAAGCGGUUUCCGACUCAACUACGGAGUUGAGUAUGCUGGCCCUGUGUCAACCGCUGCCCUACGCUCUCAAAUGCACGACUCCAUCUUGGCUGCUUUCAUCUCAGGUUGGAGAACAAACUACGCCUUCCCAAUGACCCUUGAGGAAAAAGCACGCCUCGACCUCGCCCAGCUCUCCGAACCCCAACUCUUCAGGCCAGGCAUGGCAGAAGCCAUCGAGCGCUCCAUCGAACGCCUCGCUCGUGCGCUGAAGUUGCGAGUUUGUCCUUGUGGUGCGCCGGGAGAUGAUUUCGGCAAGCAUUAUCAUGGCGAUCGGUACUUUUGGAGUCUGGAGGAUUUCGUGAGGCGGGAGCAUAUCACGAAUGGGCUUCACCUACUUCCCAACGAAGAGGGUGACCUCGGCGUCAGGUUCAAUGUGGAGAUGACGAUGGCGGAGCAUGCGGCGGCGACGGAUGGGAUUCGACGAAGGUUGGAGGCGUUGGAGAUGGAGUGUCGGAUUGCGCUGGAGGAGUAG